UUUGUUCGGGACAGGGAGCUGCGCCGUUAUGUCGCCGACUGUGUGUGUGUCGUAACACUUUGUUCUAGUCAUUAAAUCGGAUUUAGACCGUCGCGGGGGACUCGUCGUUUUCAAGCAGGCAGGUAAAGGAUGUGUUUUGGCUUCCAUUCGCUGGUAGUUUUUCGAAGUUAAAAGCCAUUUUACGUGGAGGGAGGAGGAGGACUCACUGGAAUCGUUUGCGGGAGCAUUGCAUACUCACUCGCUUUCAGGUCUGGAUAGGCACGCUCGACGUCACGGCUGCGGGCCGUUCACUGAUGGGUACGCGCCGUGCAGCGACGCACGAGGAGCGCAGCAGAGCGUCAACGUCAGACCAGAUCUGUGAGAGCAAGAAGACAAGCUAGACAUCCUUCGUCUGCGUUCAGUCUUCGGUAGCCAAAAAGUCACAACAAAAGACAAAAAACCAAAAAGAAUAAAUCGACCCCCUUUCAACAUGAGUGUGGAAGGAUACCAGUACAGAGCGCUGUACGAGUACAAGAAGGAGCGGGAGGAGGACAUCGACCUGCACGUGGGGGACAUCCUGCUGGUGAGCAAGGGAGCCCUGGUCGCCCUCGGUCACAGCGACGGCUUGGAGCAGCAGCCGCAGAAGAUCGGCUGGCUGCCGGGCUUCAACGAAACCACGCAGGAGAAGGGCGACUUCCCCGGGACGUACGUGGAGUACGUGGGGAAGAAGUGGAUCUCGCCACCGACGCCCAAGCCGAGGCCGCUCAGACCCUUACCUGUAGCUCCAGCUUCCUUCAAGGCAGAGGACUCCGACUCGGAUCAAGGCGUCUGUUUGGCAGACUUGACGGAGCAGUUUUUCCUCCCAGAGACCGCCCCGCCCUUGCUGACCAGACUCCUCGAAGCUAUCGAGAGGAAAGGUGUGGACAACCCGACUCUGUAUCGAACGUUCACCGCUGGAGGUGGACUCGAAAUCAGGCAGUAUUAUGAUUGUGAUCCUCACGCCGCUGAGCUGGACCAGCUGGAGCUGCCCGCCCUGUGCGACGGCCUGCGCAGGUACCUGCAGGAUCUGCCCCAGCCCAUCGUCCCAGCCGCCCUCCACGCUCAGAUGGUCCACGCCGUCAAAGAGGCGGCGAACCCCGAGGAAUGCACCCAGCUGCUGCGCCGCAUCGCCAGCUCCGCGACCCUGCCGCCCCAGUACUGGCUCACCCUGCAGUGUCUGCUCAGGCACUUCUCUAGAGUCUGCCAGAACACGCCCAAGAACCAGCUCAGCGCCAGAUCGUUGGGCGAGAUCUUCAGCCCCGUGUUUUUCAGACAGCAGCCCACCAGCUGCGAACCCAGUCUGGAUGCUUUCAUCAAGAUCAUCGAGGUGCUGGUGACCAGCGAGUGGAGCGAGAGCCAAGCAGCUCCAGCUCUACCUCCAAAACCACCCAAGUCCACAGCUGUGACUAACAACGGUAUGAACAACAACAUGGCUCUUCAGGACGCUGAAUGGUACUGGGGGGACAUCUCUCGGGAGGAAGUCAAUGAGAAACUGAGGGACACUGCGGACGGUACAUUUUUGGUGCGGGACGCCUCGACUAAAAUGCACGGAGACUACACUCUGACGCUGAGGAAAGGAGGCAACAACAAGCUCAUCAAGAUUUUCCACCGUGACGGAAAGUACGGCUUCUCGGAUCCGCUGACCUUCAGCUCCGUCGUGGAGCUCAUCAACCACUAUCGGAACGAGUCGCUGGCUCAGUACAACCCCAAGCUAGACGUCAAGCUGCUUUACCCGGUCUCCAAACACCAGCAGGACCAGGUGGUGAAAGAAGACAACAUUGAAGCUGUGGGGAGGAAGCUUUGCGAAUACCACCAGCAGUACCAAGAGAAGAACAAAGAGUACGACCGUCUGUACGAGGAAUACACCAGAACGUCACAGGAAAUCCAAAUGAAACGCACAGCAAUAGAAGCCUUUAACGAAACCAUUAAGAUAUUUGAGGAGCAAUGUCAGACGCAAGAGCGGUACAGCAAAGAGUACAUCGAGAAGUUCAAGAGAGAAGGCAACGACAAGGAGAUCCAAAGAAUUAUGGGUAACUACGAAAAGUUGAAAUCAAGGAUCAGCGAAAUCGUCGACAGCAAGCGCAGGCUGGAGGAAGACCUGAAGAAGCAGGCGGCGGACUACAGAGAGAUCGACAAGAGGAUGAACAGCAUCAAACCCGACCUCAUCCAGCUCCGCAAGACCAGAGACCAGUACCUCAUGUGGUUGACACAGAAAGGAGUCCGACAGAAGAAGCUCAACGAAUGGCUAGGAAUCAAGAACGAGAAUACCGAAGAUCAAUACUCAAUGGUGGAUGACGACGAAGACCUCCCGCAUCACGACGAACGCAGCUGGAGACUGGGCAACAUCAACCGGCUCCAGGCCGAGGCCGUGCUCCAAGGCAAGAGAGACGGAACAUUCCUGGUUCGGGACAGCAGCAAAGCAGGGUGCUACGCCUGCAGCGUUGUCGUGGAAGGCGAGGUGAAGCACUGCGUCAUCAAUAAGACGCCGUCGGGCUACGGCUUCGCCGAGCCGUACAACCUGUACGGCUCGUUGAAAGAACUCGUCCUCCACUACCAGCACACGUCUUUGGUCCAGCACAACGACUCUCUGAACGUGACGCUAGCGUAUCCGGUGUACGCCCAGCAGAGACGGUGAGGAACCCCCAACCCCUGGACAUUCACCUCCCCGCACAGACACACGGGUUUACGAACCUGGCUGGAGCCGGAGGAGACGACGUCUUGGACUCCUUGAGCAAAUGCGAACAAUGAACAACGGAACGGACACGCUCUGACACUCGGACUUGGAAACCGGAGGAAAAGGACACAAUAAAGCCUGAAACAUUUCAGUGACUUUGCCGUAAAACCAGAGGCGAGUCUGAAUGUAGAUCUCUUUAUUUUUCUUUAGUUUUUUUGUGGGAGCACAGAAUCUAGCGGAAACUGCUGAACUCUCCAAGAGGAGGACGUCUGAGGCCUUUUCCUUAUGGUGCUUGUCCGUUUUUUCGAAGCUUUACCAGCCGGAAUGUUAAACCACAAAGUCAAACCCUUGAAACGGAACCGUACUCACCGGCUACGACUUUUUUUUUCUUCUUUUUUUUCCUCACAUCAUCAACGUGCAUUUCUUUCUUUCUUUCUCCUCCUUCCUCUACGUGUGUGUUUGUGCGGACUGUCCACGUGACCAAAACUCAUAGAAUCGGGAGACCGUGCGACGCUGGAUGGCUGGAACACAUUAGCUUGUGUUUAUCUGCUCAGCAGCAGACCAUGGAUCAGCUGAAAAUGUAGCAAAAUGGCACUUUUUCUUCUUUCUUUUUUUUACACAAUUUUUUUUAAUGGUUUGAUAAAAAACAAACUCCUAUGAACUUAUAAGAGCAGAGUGGAGACGGGAAAAAGCCUGCAGCCGUGUCGCUGUCGAGCUUUAGAGUGCAGAAGCAAACUUGAUCUUAAAGGUGUCGAACGAGCUUGAGACUAUGAAUGGACUUACUAUUUCAUGUACAUAUGUGAAAUUGUGCAAAGUCAUGAAACAAAGUGCACCGUACCAAAAAGGAUCAGUUCCUGUUGAGUUCUCUUCUGAUCAGCUAUGCAAUUCUUUCUCCAUUUGUACUUAAGAAUUGUUUAACUGUUGCAAACCCACAAUAUAAGCUUGUUUUACCGCUUGAAAAGUAUCUUUUCCUGUGUAAAAAAAAUAUCUGAGGAUAUUUUUUUUUUUUUGGUUUUGUUUCAAAAUGCCAAGCUACAGUACAAAACGCUUCUGAUUUUUAAA